AUUACUGAUUGGUUGUGUUAUCUUAUUUUUUAAAAAUUAUAAUUACGGUUACUUUGUAACUUUUAACUGCGCUGUCGGGAGUAGGAAAAGCAAGCAUUUAAUUGCCGUAACUUCUUAUUGCAAAUGACAAGUAAACCUUUUGAACUUUGACUCUGCCAGGAUCGGUGUUUUUAGACUGUGCAGUUUUCAUCUACGUUUACUUCGUUUACAAACAUUGACGUCAAACAAGUUUCAACGGAACGCCUCACACUGAGGUUAACACAUUGGAGAUAUGAACUGUAGGCGUCAGAAAUGUGUUGACAUACCAAAUAGGCUAGUCUGAAUUGGUCUGGUUCACGCAGGCAGGCCAAUUCUGAUCUAUUUCCACUAAUGUUUUUUUUUCACCUAGCAGAUCAGCUCAGACGAUUCCGCGAUUACAGACUAAAUUACUAAGCCUACUAAAUUAUUUGUAGAUCAGUCAUUUAUAAUAUAAACAUUAUACGUUGCAGUCGUUGACGUGGCACGAAACCAUUCGUUGAUGCAUAUUUUCACCGGAACGUAACCGAAGUGUUCGUUACAAAACAAAUGCACGUUGGGUUGUGUAAGUAUCCAUUCAUACGAACCACAGGGGGCGUUGUUACCCACUUUAAAUCGCAUUUACAUGUGUCAUGGCUUCCGUUGCCUUAGUACAAGGUGCUAGUAGAGGACUGGGACUUGAAUUUUGCAGAAAUAUCUUAAUUAACAAAGCCACAGGAGCCGUGAUCGCGACAUGCAGAAAUCCGGCAAAGGCUACAGAGUUGAUGAGCUUAGCAUCCCAACACCCGGGGAAAGUGACAGUCCUGAAACUGGACGUAACCAGAGAAGAUGACAUCAAAGACGCAGCAGACCACGUUAAAAGGGUAUUCGGCAAACUUGAUUUGAUCAUAAACUCCUCAGCGAUGCUUCAUCCAUCUGGGAAAGGCGAGACCAGCCUAAGGGAUGUUUCCGCACAGGGAAUCAUCUCGACAUUAACGACCAACACCGUGGGCCCAUUGGUAAUGGCCAAGUACUUUGCUCCGCUGCUGCAGAAAGGUAGCGGGGCUUUUGGCCGACAGCCGCCAGAGAAAGCCAGACAGCACAGUGGGAUCAUUGUCAACAUCACGGCAAAAGUUGGAUCCAUUGGCGACAACGAUCUCGGCGGCUGGUACAGCUACAGGAUGUCCAAGGCGGCCCUAAACAUGGCCACACGGAACCUGUCCAUCGAGCUGGGGCGGAGCCGGCCCCUGGUGCUGUGUGUGUCCGUGCAUCCCGGCACCGUGAACACAGACCUUUCCCGGCCCUACCACAGGAACGUACCCAAGGACAAGCUGUUCAGCCCGGCGCACUCCGUCCAAUGCCUCAUGAACAUCGUGGACAGCCUGAAUGUGGACAAGACCGGUAAGGCGUACAGCUGGGAUGGGUCAGAACUUCCCUGGUGAAGGUAGAAAAAGAAAUACUGUGCACUGAGCGUAUUCCUUGGCAACCUUUCUACCUCUGUGUGCUAUGUUUUGACCCGACUGUACCUCAAAUAAAAGUCUGGCACGCGAAGCUGUAACAUCAGAUUGACACCUCGACUGUUUUCCACUGAAAGCCGUUGUCCUGGAAUUCCCUGCUGUGAGAGUGGAAAUAAAAUGUGUGGCGAUGUAAUACACAUUACAUUAGCACACAGAGUAAAGAGAACUUCCAAAAGAAUGAUCAUUAAAUGUGUUCACUGAUAAA